GGGAGGCGGCGGCGGUGAUGAUGCCUCGUGGCCACACGUGGGUUUCUUCCACAUCUCUCUAAUGCCCGCAUCUAGCCCCAGGCCCAUGGAGCCCACGCGAGACUACCCGCUGUUCGGGGGCGCCUUCUCCGCCACUCUCCCUCCCGGGGCCCUUGACGUGAGCGACCUCCGACCGGUCCCGGACAAUCAGGAAGUCUUCUGCCACCGCGUGACGGACCAGAGCCUGAUCGUGGAACUUCUGGAGCUGCAGGCCCACGUGCAGGGCCAGGAGGCCGCGCGGUACCACUUUGAGGACGUGGGCGGGGUGCAGGGGGCUAGGGCCUUGCAAGUGGACAGUGUGCAGCCCCUCCUUUUGGAGAACCUGGCUCUGAGGAGCUGCUGUCAAGAAGCCUGGGUCCUCUCUGGCAAGCAGCAGGUGGCUAAAGAAAACCAGCAGGCAGCAAAGGAUGUGACAGUGCACCAGGCUUUGCUGCGGCUGCCCCGGUACCAGACUGAUCUCCUGCUCACCUUCAAUGAUCCCCCCCCUGACAAUAGGUUAUCUCUUGGUCCUGAAAAUCUGUCACUUCCGCCCUGGAGCCUGGGUGACUUUGAACAGCUGGUGACCAGUCUGACCCUUCAGGACCCUAACAUCUUUGGUCCCCAGUAAAGAUGCUGAAACACUGAGUGAGGCUGCUGAAGCUCACGGGGAC